UUUUAUGCUUUAUCUUCUUCAUGUUUUCAUCGAAUUAUGAUGUAUGAUACGGAAAGGCCGUUAGGGAUCCAGUCAUUUCACACUUCUCCUAUAAGCCUAUAAUCAGAGCACUGAAGCGCCCCUCCUUUUCAGCUGAUUCUCUUCCAAUCUGCUUGUGUUUUUUUAUUUUAUUUUUAUUUUUUGAGAUUUAUGAAUUGUCUGAAAUUUAAAUAUUUUCCCCAUUUAUUCAAUUUUGAUCGACUCUAUUAGAGAAAUUUUUCAGUGAACAAGGUAUAUAAUUAUAAUCCAAGCUGGUAAACAAAAACCAAUGGCAUAACAGCAUGUGUAAUAGUUAGGUAGGUAUUUCAUGUGGUCUAUGUUAAAAAUAAACAAGAGCCAAAAGUCGGCCAAUGAAACUCAUGGAUUCUCCAUGUACCUUCCGCUUCUAACUGUCAAUAACCGCUUUUCCCUCCACCCAGGUAAGAUGGGUGAUGAGAACACCACCUUAACUUUUGUUCUCUCUCUGUGUCUUCCCCUGGUUGCCAAAGAACAUGGCAAAGGCAGUGGCAUAUGCUCUCUUGGCCACUGCCUUUGUCAUCUUCGUCGUCUUCGCCCCUGCCAACCCACCUGUCCCUCCUAAUCAUCCAGGGAUAAACAGGCGUCUUGGAAGCAGUUUCGGGUUGUCUACUUUUGAUCCUCUUGUCACAAAGAUCCAAAGAUAUGCUGAGGAAAGAAAAGGAUAUGAUCAUCAUCAACAUGAUAAUAUCGUCGGCGACGAUGAUGAUGAUGAUGAUGAUAAUAAUAAUAAUAAUGGCUUUGCCAACGAGAUUCCAGAUGCUAGCCAAUAUUUUGGAGAAGAGGGCAGGUUAAACAUCACAUUAAGGUUGAUCAUCUUGUUCCCUUUGUUAGAUAAGUCGCCCAAAGAUGGUGUGGUUAGUACUUGGGAACUUAGGUCUUGGAUCACAGAACAAGCCGUGGAAAGGUUGAAUUAUACCACACAGAAGGAGUUGGCAUCCCAUGAUAAGAAUGGAGAUGGAGUUAUUUCUUUUGGGGAGUAUCUGCCCCAGUUUUCAGAUGAAGAUAUUGAGAAAAAUGGCACGGCACAUGGAGAAGCUGGAUGGUGGAAGCAGCAGUUUAUGAAUGCUGAUGUUGAUGGGGAUGGAUCUCUUUCAUUUGAUGAAUUCAAAGACUUGUUGCACCCACAAGACAGUAAAAAUGAUAAAAUUCAGAAUUGGCUUCUAAGAGAAAAAAUAAAGAGAAUGGACCAGAAUGAUGAUGGGAAAUUGAAUUUUGUGGAAUUCUCUGAUAGUGCUUACAGUAUCUACAAGAAUUAUGUUAAAUAUGAAACAUCUGGGGCUGAUGUACCAACAGCAGAAGAGAAGUUUGCAGAGCUUGAUCUUAACAAGGACAAAUUUUUGGAAGUGGAAGAACUCAAACCCAUGCUCACUUACCUCCAUCCUGGAGAAAUUUCAUAUGCAAAAUAUUACACAAACUAUCUACUCCAUGAGGCUGAUGAGAACAAGGAUGGCAAUUUAUCACUUUUAGAGAUGUUGAACCACGAGCAUAUUUUCUACAGUACAGUCUAUUCUGAUAGCGUUGAGGAUGAUGGGGAUGAUUUCCAUGAAGAGCUUUGAACCAAUUUUUAACACUUUUUUUAUUUUUUAUUUUUUUUUAUCGGUGAUUUAACCCCCCAAAGUGAGUGAAUU